UCUCUCACUCAAUAGGUUUUAAAGCAGCUUCGUUCAAUCUCCGUCUCUCUCUCUCUCUCUCUCUCUCUCUCUCUCCACUUCCUCCUCCGAAUCCUAAAUCAGCAUCAAUGGCGAUUACCUUCUCAGAUCUACACACAGAAGAGGGUGUCAAAUCCGUGGAGGAGCACCUCGCCGGAAAAACCUACAUCUCCGGAGAUCAGUUGUCUGUGGAUGAUGUGAAGGUAUACGCUGCCGUUUCGGAGAAACCUAGCGAUGCUUUCCCCAAUGCUAGCAGGUGGUACGAUUGCGUCGCUUCUCAUCUAGCUAAAAGUUUCCCUGGAAAAGCCGUUGGAGUGAGUAUUGGCGGCUCUGCUGCUUCUGCUCCUGCUCAAGCUGAGGCACCUGCAGCUGCAGCUGAUGAUGAUGAUGACAUGGAUCUGUUUGGUGACGAGACCGAGGAGGAAAAGAAAGCUGCUGAGGAGAGGGAGGCUGCCAAGAAGGACACCAAGAAGCCCAAAGAGAGUGGAAAGUCCUCUGUGCUCAUGGAAGUUAAGCCAUGGGAUGACGAGACUGACAUGAAGAAACUUGAGGAGUGUGUUCGCGCUGUUGCGAUGCCUGGUCUUCUUUGGGGAGCCUCAAAGCUGGUUCCAGUUGGUUAUGGGAUCAAGAAGCUCACGAUCAUGCUCACGAUCGUUGAUGACCUCGUGUCCCCAGACAACCUCAUUGAAGACUAUCUCACCUGUGAACCUAACAACGAGUACAUCCAGAGUGUUGACAUCGUCGCAUUCAACAAGAUCUAGAGAUAUUAAAACCUCUCUCCCUACCAAACGAUACAUUUUGAUUUCCUUCCCAAGUUUUGUUAUCUUUUGUUGUUUGCUUGAGAUGCUUACUUUCUAGUUGCAAGACCUCUUUCAUGUUACAAGAAACAUAAACUAUCAAUACUUAUUAUCUCUUUGCAUUA